AUGAAUGAAACAAUAACAUUUUUAGAUUUUAAUAAGAUUUGUCGUAUUUGUUUCACAAACGAAAAUCUCGGUGCUUUUCCCAAAGAAUUAUACGAUUUUUAUACGCAAAUAAUUAAAUCCGAGUUCACUAUAAAUGACACGAAAUUACCAGCAAACAUUUGCAAUAAUUGCGUAAAUCAAUUGCAAAACCUAUCGGACUUUAUAAAAAAAUGCGAAACGCAAGAAACGCUACUGAAGAAACUCUACGAGGCGAGCCUACUAGAUUCCGAUAGCGAAUCGAAUCAAACCCCACCCGCGAAUAAUCCGGACGAGUCCUCGAGCAAUUCCGAAUGCAAAAACUGCAACAAAAUCUUCUACAAACAAUCAUCGUACAUCAACCACCUGCGCACGCACAAACGCCAAGCGGACCAGAAGAAAUACCUCUGCAACUACUGCGGCAAGAAAUUCACCAAAAACUCCCAUCUAGCGAGACACAUUCGCAGCCACACGGGCGACAAGCCCUUCCCGUGCCCCCGAUGCCCCAAGUCCUUCGGCCAAAGCAACGACCUCAAGCGGCACAUCCUGACCCACACGAGGGAGAAAAUCUUCCGGUGCGAUCACUGCAGCAAGAGUUUCCACCAGAAAUCCUGCCUGGCCAAUCACAUUCUCACCCAUUCCAACGAAAGGAACUUCAACUGCGAGUUCUGCGACAAGAAGUUCACCAUGAAGGCCUACUUAGAAGUGCACAUGAGGAUCCACACCGGUCGAAAAGUGUUUCAGUGUACGCAGUGCGACAAACGGUUCUUCCAAAAAAGCGGGCUGAAUAACCACGUACUCACGCACAACGGCGAUAAACCCUUCAAAUGCAACGAGUGCGAGAAAUCGUUCGUGCAAUCGAACCAUCUGAAGGAGCACUUGAGGAUUCACAGCGGCGAGAAACCGUUCGUUUGCUCUUACUGCGGUAAAGCCUUCUCGUACCACAGCACUUUGAAAGUCCACUCGAGGCAGCAUACGGGCGAAACGCCCCACGUGUGCCCCCAUUGCAAAAAAGGCUACAGGGACGCCAGUAAUCUGAGGCGACACGUUUCGAGGCACCAUGACAAGUGA